AUGCUGCGAUACAAAUACAACCCGCUAUUAGAGGGCCACAUUCGACUUUUGACCCUCCAUCCCGGAGAUUUAGAUGAUCCUAUUAACAAAGCCAGGAUUGACCAUAUGCGCCUCGAUGAAAAGCCCACUUUUGGUGCCCUUUCUUAUCAAUGGGGAGCAAAGCAACUUAACCAUAAAGUCGAGGUUACCGAGUCUGGCGAGUCUGGUGGCACUAGCGAUUAUGUCAACAUAACCUUGUCCUUGUAUAAUGCGCUUCUACAUAUACGACGAAAAGAUGAGCCGAUUUCGAUAUGGGCUGACGCAAUAUGUAUCAACUAA